UUCAAUGUUGAUCAGUUGGACCGGUUACAAAGAACGAAUAUUUAAUUGUUGCUUUCAAAUAUCAUUACAUGUUGCUUAAACGUUCUAUCAAGAUAUUAAAAAAGUCAGGAUUUCAUUAUCGGCCAUUCUCUCAAGCCUUAUCUCUAUUUGAUAUUGCAGAACAAGUUUUCAGUAGUGAUUCCGAAGAAUCAGGAUUUGUCAACCAAGUCCCAGGAGUAAAGAAAUGCUAUUACGAAAAAGGAUGUCGAGUCGUUUAUCCCUAUUUUUAUGUCGCUCAAGCUUACUGUUUGGGAUCUUGGGCAGGGAAACAUGUGAAUGAAGUCUACUUUAAAGACAGAAGACAACCAUCAAAAUAUUUAUGGAACCAAUAUAUAGAAAAUGGUUGGAUUAGAGUUAACAAGAAAAUUGUUAAUCCCGAUUAUAUCAUGCAACUUGAUGACAUAUUAUCUCAUGUUUUUCAUUUUCAUGAAAAUCCGAUUGUUGAUCUACCAUACAGGAUCAAACAUUUAGAUGAUGUUUUCAUAGUUCUUGAUAAGCCUCCGGGAAUUCCGAUGCAUCCAGCAGGAAAUUAUAAAUACAACUCUUUGAUGUCUAUGGCUAAACAAAGAUGGCAAUCAGUUUAUGGGUUCAAUCGAAUCGAUGCCGCUACAUCUGGUAUUGUAGUUCUUGUUCGUAAUCAAGCUAAAGCCAACGAACUAUCAAACCAGAUGGCGAAUAAACAAAUAACCAAGGAAUAUGUCGCAGAAGUUUCCGGGAAUUUUCCUCAUGAUGAAAUCGUUGUAAAUGCACCUCUAUCUCGAUGUUUCAAAGAAUUUGGUCCAGUUAUAGUUAAUUUUAACUCUGGUAUUUCUAGUAGUACCUUAAUUAAAAAAGUUAGAUACAAGACCAACACUGGAACUAGUAUACUCUCCUGUUUUCCGAUAACUGGGCGAUCUCAUCAAAUAAGAGUUCAUCUUCAAUAUUUAGGAUUCCCAAUCAUGAAUGAUCCUAUUUAUAACUCACCUGCUUUUGGACCUAAAUGUGGAAAAAAUGGUGACUAUGGUGGUCUAUCUGAAUAUGAGAUUUAUCGAGCAGAUUGUCUGGAAGCUAAAAAGAAAGUUGACGAACUACUGGAGGAUUCAGUUGAUGUUAUAGACGAAUAUGACAAUUUCUUACCGGAUUAUCGCACAGAUAGAUGGGUUGAAUUUACUCAUAAUAAUCGUUAUAACCCUGAUUUGGAUCUUUCCUGUAAAGAAUGUCGUAUUUGUCAAUCCAAUACCAAAGAGUUUAUUCCUAUCAGACCUAAAAAAUUUCUUCAUCUCCAUGCACUUAGAUAUAAGGGUCCUGAUUGGGAUUUUUCUGUGAGAUUGCCAUAUUGGGCGCGCUGAAACAAUCAGAUGCAAUUUUCACUUUUCCAAAUGAAAAUUAGGUUAAAUAAACUUAUGUUAUCAUUUGGUAAAUUGGACUAUGUUUCAGAUGUCACAAUCAUGUUUCUGAAAUCAAAAACCGAUUUACAUUUUACCUUUUACAAGAAAAUAUAGCAUUAUAGAAUUACUAUUUUGAUCAAUUCUGACACAAAAUGAGGUUUGAAUGUUCUCUUCAGUUUAAGUUUUCUAAGAAAUUAAAUCUAAAAAUGGAAAAUUUGUAAACACCGAUGGCACGUAAAUUUAUUCUUGAACAAUAUUUAUCAUUAUAAUAUCCAUAUAAGACUGAGGAGACAGAAAAAAGUCCAUGACGAGCAAUUUUUGAUAUGCCUCUUUUUGGGAAGCCGCAAAGGAUACAAUUGUUUGAGUUACAAUCAGUUGAUUGGUUUUCAUAGGUAAUCUUAGUCUGAACCAAGAGUACAUUGGAAAUUUAAAUCAUGUAGUUUGUUGAUAUCGGAAAUUACAAAGAAAACAAAUAUGACCUUAUUAAGUAAUUACCUACAAAAAAGAAAAUGGGGAAUGUAAAUGAAAGUGAAAUAGAUAGGGUUACAAUUUUCAUGGAAAAAAAAGAUUUACAUGGCAGAUGUAAAGUAUAACUGUAACUUUUGAAAGGAUUGUAUUCAGCUGAGUAUCUUUUUUGCGUCUUUGACUCGUUUAAUUAAUGCUAGUUGAUUACAUGCUAUUAAUGUAAUUGAGUGCUUGCUGUCUUCAAAAUUUAAUUCAAUGCACCUAAGCAAUCUAAACUAACCUAUUUUCUUUCAUUUAACUCAAAUUACAGCCAACGGAUUGAAAACAGUGAGUUUUUAAUGAAAGGAAAUAGGCUAUUAAACUGUAUAAUUGCUGUAUUAUGAACAAAAAUAGCUGAUCACCAAUACCCAAAUACCAAUCACCUAGCACCAAUUAGUUUGUUCAUGGUUUUCAUAACAUAUCAACAGCAUUGGGGAAGUAAAGGAUUAAAUUAAAGGGAAAAUAUUGAACUAAAUAAGUUGAUAUGGUAAAAGUUGUCCGUUGUU